AAAAAGAAGAAGAAAAGAAGCUGCUGUCCCUUUAACAGCGUGGCUCGCGACUUCUUCCUUUCCAGCCCGCGUGCUGAUUGAGUUCGGACCUAACUUUACUGAACCGCUUCAAUUUCAACCGCCAUUUUAUUCUAAUGUCCACUGAGUCCAUUUCUGAACGCUAACAUGUCUGAGGAACUUGAGCACAUCUUGUCUCAGCUGACACUCCCUGAUAACGCGGCGAUUCAAAAGGCCACUGCUCAGUUGAAACAGGCUUUCAAAGACCCGGAUGUAAUCCCAGCACUGUGCGAGGUUAUGACCGGAUCCACAGAUCCACAGAUCCGGCAGUCAGCUGUGGUGAUGCUGCGAAUGAGAGUCAAAAAGCACUGGAAGAAAAUAAUCCCUGAGCACAGAGAGAGGCUGAAGGAAGUGGUCCUGCAAGCUUUCCGGCAUGAAACAGAGCACACAGUCCGCUACUCUCUCUCUCAGCUCAGCGCGGUGAUGGUGAAACACGAAACGCCUGACCGCUGGCCUGCGUUGUUCAUGCUGCUGACUGAAUCCACUAACAGCAACAAUCCUCAGGACAGGCAGGUGGGCCUGUUGUUACUGAGCAAAGUUGUGGAAUCCAACCCUGAACCUUUCAAGCCCCACUACAAGCAGCUGCUGCAACUCUUUGGCACUGUGCUCCAGGAUGUAACCAACACCACUGCUUUGUACUAUUGCAUCCUCACCCUCACUGCCAUCACGGCUUACACUGGCACAGAGGAGAUGAGCCUGAUGCGGUCGUUAAUCCCGAAACUGUUAAUUGCUCUAAAGCACCUCAUUCAGGCUGACCAGGAUCAGGCCAGUGAGGCAAUGGAGGUGUUUGAUGAGUUGAUGGAGAGCGAGGUCGCUAUUGUGGUGCCGCACAUCGCUGAAAUCGUUCGCUUCUGUUUGGAGGUGAGCGCAGAUGUAUCGCUCAGCAACUCCCUUCGUGUCAAGACCCUGUCUUGUAUCGCCCUCCUCAUUAGAUUCAAGAGCAAGGCCGUGUUAAAGCAGAAGCUCUUGGCACCAAUCCUGCAAGUGGUGUUCCCUAUUUUGAGUGCGACACCUCCACCCGGGGAGGAGGACCCCGAGGAUGAGGAGAACGCCGAAGGUGAUGGCGACAGUCAGAGUCCCAAACACUUCGCAGCUCAGGUGAUCGACACAAUGGCUCUUCAUAUGCCACCUGAAAAACUUUUCAACCAACUGAUGCCACUGACUCAGGCUUGCCUGGCCAGCGAGAACGCUUAUGAGAGGAAAGGCGGUGUCAUGUGUCUAGCAGUGCUGGCCGAGGGUUGCGCUGACCACAUUCGCACUAAGAUGCUGUCGUCUCUGCUGGAGACAGUGUGCCGCAGUCUGUCAGACAGUAACCAGAUAGUGCGCAGUGCAGGCCUUUUUGCUCUGGGUCAGUUCUCGGAGUACCUGCAGCCUGAAAUCAGUAAAUACCACGCCGAGCUGAUGCCACUGUUACUAGGAUACCUGUCUUCUCUGAACGAGUCCAAUAUCAGCCACAUCACCAAAGCUUUCUAUGCCCUGGAGAACUUCCUAGAGAACCUGGAUGAUGAUAUUCAGUCUUACCUGCCAACUCUUAUGGAGACCAUGCUGUCAGCCCUGAACAACACCGUCAACCUUAAGCUCAAGGAGCUUGCUGUCAGUGCUAUUGGAGCCAUUGCUAAUGCUGCCAAAGAGAUGAUGGUGCCCUAUUUCCCUCCUGUAAUCGAGAGCUUGAAGGGUUUCCUGACAGACACGCGCGAUGAAAUGAGAUCACUGCAGACCCAGGCCUUGGACACACUGUCUGUGUUGGCCCGCACCGUCGGUAAGGACGCGUUUGGGCCGCUGGCCGCAGAGUGCGUGCAGCUGGGUCUGAAACUUACCGACGCUGUGGAUGAUCCGGACCUGCGCCGCUGCACGUACAGCUUGUUCUCGGCUGUGUCCACGAUCAGUCCAGAAAGUAUUAAUCCUCACCUCACUGCAAUCACCACAUUGAUGGUCCUGUCCCUAAAAUCGACAGAGGGUGUGACGACUCAUCUAGAGGAGGAUAAGCAGUUUGUUCUCUUGGAUGAUGAUGAUGAUAACGAUGAUGAAGAAGGUGGUGAUGCUGUAUUGGAGGAAGAUGGAGAGAAUGAGGUGGAGGAUGUUGCAGGCUUCAGCGUGGAAAACGCUUACAUGGACGAGAAGGAGGAUGCUUGUGACUCCCUGGGGGAAAUCGCUUUUAACACCGGUGCUGCGUUCCAGCCCUUCCUGGAGUCAAGCUUUGAGCAGGUCUAUGGUCUCUGUGAUUUUCCACAUGAGAAUGUGAGGAGAGCAGCCUUUGGUGCCCUGGGCCAAUUCUGUCGAGCUCAGCACAAAGUGUGGCAGGAAAAUCCUACCGAGGCUAAUCAUCAGGCUUUACAUAAACUGCUUGACGUGGUGAUGCCCUGCUUCCUGGAGGCAGUGAGGCAGGAGCGCGAGCGGCAAGUAGUCAUGGGAGUUUUGGAGGCCAUGAACGGCGUCAUCAAAUCGUGCAAAGGGGAGGCGCUGCAGACGCCGAACCGAUUGGUCGAGGUCAGCCACGCCCUCCGAGACGUGCUGAAGAAGAAGACUGUCUGCCAGGGUGGAGGAGGGGACGAAGGAGACGACGAAGAACAGCAGGCAGAGUAUGAUGCCAUGCUGCAGGAGUUUGCUGGGGAGGGAAUUCCUGUCCUGGCUUCAGCUGUACCAGCAGAAACCUUUUAUUCUCACCUCAAUGACUUGCUGCCCCUGAUUAUGAACAAAGCUAAGUCUUCCUGCACGGUGGCAGAUCGUUCCUUCUCUGUGGGCACGCUUAGCGAGACACUGCACUCCCUGGCUGGUGUGUCAGGAGGCAGGGCUGUCGCAGGAAAGCUGUCCAAUCGGCUGCUGCCCGUGCUCGUGGCUGGUGUUAGAGACAGUGAUGCAGAGGUGCGCAAUAACAGUGUGUUCGGCUUGGGAGCUCUAGCACAGGCUGCUGGACCGAUCGUCUCUUCCGAUUACCCAAUGAUGCUGUCUCUCUUCUCUAACCUGCUGGUCAGAGAGUCGGACAGGAGAGUGAUUGAUAAUCUGUGUGCUGCACUUUGCCGGAUGAUCAUGAGCCACACGGAAGGGGUGCCACUCGAGCAGGUGCUUCCUGCUCUUCUGGAUCGUCUCCCUCUGAAGGAAGACCUUGAGGAAAACAAGACCGUCUACAGUUGCCUGGCUUUCCUCUACUCCCAUAACCCAGCACUGGUUGCUAGCUAUAUGAAGCCGGUCCUGUGUGCUACAGCACAAGUACUAGGAACAAAGGAUAUCGAUGCGGACACCCAGAACACCCUCGUCAUGCUGCUCAGAGACAUCAGCCAACGAUACUCCACGGAAUUUGAGAGUGCUGUGAUGUCACUUCCAGUUGAGCAAAGAACAAAGAUGACCAGUUCUGUCGCUCAAUCCUAGGGAAGUACCCACUAAGUGAAACGUGGGGUGGUGCGGAGGGGGAGUGUAGCAGACAUUUAACAAUCAACUAGUCACUAUGUUCACUUCAGCACUUCUUUUUACUAUUUUGCUUUGCAGUGUUAUAAUUUAUUUCUUUCUUAUUUUUGGUCUUUGUAAGAAUUUGACAUUUCUUUUAUUAACCGUUAUUUUGGCUUGUUUCGAUACUAGUUUGAUGUGCUGCAUACGUAACAAGCUCGGGAAAUCCUAUCCUUUUGAGUAUGUUCGGAGGUUCACGUCGCGAUGAAAGAUGCAGUUCUUCUCAAACGCCUAGCAUUUUUCUCUAGACGGCCACUCAGCACGUUGAACCCUCACUACAGCGACUCGGGAUGGUUAUUUAAAGAGAAGACGUAUAUUUAGGAAAUCGUUUAAAUGUAUAGAGGCUCGUGUUGAGAUCGGCAGUUCCACAAAGCAUGUUCAGAAGAAGUUGAUCUCCUUGCACGUUCCUGGGACACACCGCUUAAUCUUCAGUUUUCUAUACAAAGAAGAGCAGAGGUGUUUUUUUUUUCUUUUUUCUUCUAAGCCUUACUUGCUUCUGUUAGAAGAAACUCCUUUAAAACACGUUGAUCGUGAAGAAACGAUCAUUACUGUUAUAUUACUAUCUUUCCAUGCGGUUAUCAGUGGUUAACUGUAACCACAUUUGGGGGAAAUGUUCGAGUAUUUUUACACCUAGACAAGGAUUUAAUAAAAUCCCAGAAAUAACAGUCUGUAUUUAAGCGGUGUUGCAGUAAGAAGCAGGUUAGAGACCGGUCAUAUCUUAAAAAGGUCAAAUAACAGCAUGAUGUUAGUGUGUUAUGAUGAUUAUGAUCUAUGUUCAUUCCAACUGCUCUUCUGACGUGUCUUUUGUGGUAUGGGAUUGUGUAUCCAAAGCCAGGGUCAUUUCCACCAUCUCAUUGUCAACUGCAAAAAAUAAAUAAAUAAAUAAAUA